CAAUACAACAUGCUCAUCUCAACAGAAAUCCUCUCAUUGCCGGAUCUGGAUCCCAGUGCAUAUACUCGUUUUGCCAAUAUGCCAUCCCCUCAGACAGUAUCCAUUAGCCCCCGUGGCCUCAUCCGGCUGGCCGAGAAAGAUCAUUGGCUGUACAUUUCAAGGAAACGGAUUGAUGACAAAAGCAAAGCAGACUACAUCCAGAAGGCUCUUGUUCUGACACAGAUUCUUUGGAUGGUUACUCAGUGCGUCACGUGCUACGUGAAUGAUCUACCCUUGACCUUGCUGGAGAUACAUGCUGUGGUGCAUGUCAUCUGUGCCGUGUUUCUUUACGCCUGUUGGUUCCAGAAACCGCUCAAUGUACAGGAGCUAGAGAUGGUGAACCCAAGCCAAUUCUUUGGAGAGGCCGCAGCGAUGGUUCAACAACAGUUCUACUCUUCUUGGUCAAACGAACUGGCCAUCUUCCCGCCUUGA